AUGGCAGCUAAGUUUGAGAUGAGUGACCUUGGGAAGUUAACAUACAAUUUGGGAAUAGAAGUCUUGCAAUACGAAGGAGGGAUCAUACUUAAGAAAGACAGGUACGCUUGCAAGAUACUUGAAGAAACUGGAAUGAGCUUGUGCAAUUUAACUCCUGUACCGAUGGAGUUAAAUGCAAAGUUCUCUAAGGCGCCCAACGCGGAGAAGAUUGAUGAGAAGGAGUAUCGUCGGAGCAUUGGCUGUCUGCACUACUUGUUGCACACACGCCCGGAUCUAUUUUUCAGUGUUGGAGUCCUCAGUAGAUACAUGCAAGAUCCUAAGGCGUCUCACGGUGCAGCUCUGAAACAGAUUCUUAAGUAUCUACAAGGUACUUUCUCUCUUGGUAUUUGUGACUCGCGUGGUAGAGAGACUAAGUUGUUGGGCUAUAGCGAUAGUUCGCAUAAUGUUGACAUAGACGACGGCAAAAGCACGACAGGUCACAUAUUUUAUCUUGGAGAAAGUCCUAUAAAUUAG